AACAUCAUGGAAUCUGUUUGCAAGGGUCGACUGGCGACGACCGGCAGGAUUGGAGCCAGAUGAUAUGUACGUCUUGAAAUUAGCAAGUUUUGAUGGUAUGAUGGCAGGAGAAAGUGUAUUCAGUGAUCCGUGUCUUGUUGGUAACGAAGAGAUUCUGGUGUCAACAGAGGAGCAUAUUUUCAACAACCUGAGUUUUGGACAACUUUAUGAACUCGAGAUUCAUCUAUUCCGUCCUGGAAGACAGCAAAAAUCUUUAAUGGGAGCUAUCACAGCAUUCCAGACACCAGAGUGCCUUCAGGUUACGGGUGAUAUGGACUACUGCAUGAAUCGAGUCUUUGUUCAGUACUCUGGCGCCCCCAUCGACCCCCACGUGAACAGUCUCUGUCGCAACAGUUCAACUCGUCUCCUUCGAGUCUCUCUCUCCUGGCUCCCACCCUUUCAAGUCAACGGCAACAUCUUCCUGUACUCCAUAGACUACGGUGUGGUGGUGACCCCUGCCCCGGAUGUAGUCGUGGAACCUCCUUCAAUGUCAUUUCUAACAUUGAAUAUUUUCCCGCCAACUCACGCGAAUGGGACAAAUCAGACGGACUUCCGAAUGUCUACAAUGCUUCAAGGUCUAGAAGAAGGAAAGUUAUAUUACGUCAAAAUAACACCCAUUGUUGAUUCGCCGGUCGAUGGGGGUAAAUACCCCGGUGAUGAGGUCGAGCUGACGUUCCUUACGGCAAACUGGACAGAUCCAAUGGGCGAGACGACAGAAAUAAACCUUGCCACUCCACUCUGUGAGUUCCUAGAUGAACCGACGCUUGUACCAACUGAAAAUAAUACAUUCACGGACAACCCUACGACAGAGACGAUGACCACGUCAGCGCCGCCUCCAACGAUCACGUUCGACAAGACGACGUGGACGGCGAUGUCGACCGCGACCACGCCAGCUAGACUUCCGCCGAACUCUAUGGAGCCGGCACACAUCGCCCUCAUCGUAAUAUUUUCGAUACUCAUCAUCCUCGUCAUCGUCGUCUUCAUCGUCAUAACGAUCAGGAUGGCGAAGACCGGCCAUGUGACUAAAUUACCGCAGCUAUCACAAAUACCCGCCAUGUGCAAACGGCAGAGCCACUCGGACGGAGCCGAGAAGAAAAAAGACUUGAGUAUGAUAGAAAAAGGGGUGAAGACGGUCGAUGAGAAAAAGCCCAAACAAACGAAAAGCAAAGCAAACGGAACUGCGAAGUCAUCGAAAUAACAUUGCCGACCGUUUCUCCUGAAUCUUGCGGCAACAUAAACUUUUACGUCAUAUAUUUCUGAAUUCAUGAUCAAGACUUUAUUGAAGACUCUAUAUAAAUGAAUUGAAUGCUAAUGACUCUGAUCAGAGCAAGUAUGCAAGAUUAUUGUCUUCCUGGAUGAUUUCCGAUGUUUUUUUGAACUGUGAUGAACACCUUCGACCGAUCAACAUAGACUUUCCUGUUUGUGAUUUUCUGAAUUAAAAUUUUGAUAUUCAUCUUGAGGUCUUCCUAAUGUCAUUGUGAAUGAUAAACAAAUCAGGAAAAUUAUAUAAAAGUAGGUUGUUUACAUCACUUUAUGAGUUGUGGCUAUCAACAGCGACGAAGAAAAUGAUUGUUAAACUCGAGGGCAUGCCCACGUCAUGUCUUCAGAGCAAAACUAAUAAAAACCAUGUGCCGCGAUUCUGUGCUUAAAAACUUAAAUAAUUAUAGUAAAUAUAUACAUAGGGAUGCAAGAAAAUAUUAUAUUUGCAACGAGCUCAACACACUAAAAAUCCAUAUUUUGUGCCAUUGGAAUUCAUUAUUCUUUUGUCAAUAUGAAACCCUCGUUAUGAAAGACAAUUCACAUCAUGUAGUUGAUACACACAUACAAAUCACUCCAUUUUCUGAGUCUAUUUUCCAUCCCUUUCUUCCCGACCACGCCCCCACUCAUUCACUCUUAUUUCUUGCAGCAUUCGUACUAUAAAAAAAACAAGGUCAACAUGAAUAACCAUUGUUCGUACUGGCAUUAAAAUAUUAAGUUAGCAUUUAAUUCGUAUAAAUUCACAUUACCUGUACAAUUGACUUUGUAAAUAUGUGACAAGUUAUUUCUUCACUCUUUCAGCUUUGUCAGUAUUUUGUAUUCGUAGGUGCUAUUUAUGACUUUCUGUAAAAGCCUUUAUGAGAAUGUAAAUAUUGUUUUAUGAGUGCAAAAAGGGGUUCUCCUUGGACGUUAUGAUCUGGAUAUUACAAUCAUGUUACAGUGCUUAAAGUUGUAUAUCUGAAAAACACUAUUUCGGAUAGCACAAUUAAUGUCGUGCACUUACAUUAAUUACUCUUAAAGGUGGUUAAGAAUGUUUGCAACCACUUAUUUCAUUCGUUUAAAAAAUACUUGUUGGUUAAAAACGAAGACAUUUUUACGACGGCCGCAGAAUGAUUUAUUUAAGGCAUAUCAAUCCUCUUAAGGGAUUAUCCGGGCUGAAAGCAUGUAUAUCUAUAUAGAGUAAAAUUCACAGAGUAAAAUGCUGAAAAUUUGAUCAAAAUCGGAUAACAAAGUUAUUGAAUGUCAAAGAUUUGCAUUAUUCCGGUGAAACAGUUCUAGGCAUGUCUUUAUGAAUAUUCAUUAGGUGGACUGAUGAUGUCAUAUCCCCACUUGUUCUUUUGGAUUUUAGUAUAUGAAAUUAGGUUUAUUCAAAAUUUUCCUACCAAGAACUAAAACAAUUGUAUUGACAACUGAUUAAAUGCAUUAGUUAUUGAUUGCCGCAAU